GUAGGAACCACCACCCCCCCACUACUUACCGCUAUCGAAGCAGCAAAUUAAAUAUCUCUGGGAGGGUGUAUCACAACUCACAAUAGGCGCGCAUUCCAUUUACGACCUUGUUCACUAGUGCACCAGUCUUUUCAAAACGACGUUUUUAUAGAUCAUUCAGAUACUUUUUAUUUUAUUCACGGAAUUUGUUUUUCUGACAUUUUCUUUGUUUUAUCGAACUGCAUUUACAAGAAGACUACACCAUGACGUCAAUAGCUUUUGUUUUGAUAAUGACGAUCAUCUCUAUGACCAGUGGCAGAGCCGAAAUAAAUACCGAUUUGCCAGGAGACGCCCGAGGUAUCUCGUAUAAAUGCCCGUCAGUUAUAUCUACUGAGUAUGACGUAACGGUAAAUUCGGAUACGCCAUUGAUUGCUGGCUGCGCUCAAAUCGUCUACGAUUCUAAUGAUACAAUAAAACAAUCAUACAACCUGUGGUUUGGUAAUGAACGACAUAGAGGACAAGAUUGUCAUGAUCCAAGGAUGGACUAUUUUCAUUUUAAUUGUCUGGCAAAAGAACUCGAGCAGUCAAAAGACACCUCUAAGGGACUUAUGUACAUGAGACUAUACAAUGAUGAUUUUAACAAGACUCUAAAACCUGAUUACAAAUGUGCAUUGUUCGAGGCAGUCAACGGAAACCUUAAUUCAUUCCGGAUUGCAGUUAGCGAGAACAUUUCAUGUAAUGGCUUGUUUGACGUACUUUACCCAUCACAGAUGAUUCCUGAGUCUAACAAGGGGUCCAUGUUGCUCUUGUUUAAAAGAAAACAAGUUGAUUUAGAAAGGAAACGACGAGAUACCUCAUCCUCAAUAAUUGAUGGAGAUGACGGACGUGGAAACUCACCAUCAAAUGUUAAGUCAAAAUCCAAAGCUGAUGUUCCAGUAUUGGCAGGCAUUAGUCCUUACACUCUGUUGGUUGUCAAUCGUGUGAGCAACAAAAAUUCAACGGGUAUCAUAAAGUACACAAAAAGAUUAUGGAAUGAUAUAAUAGAAAUAUUUACAGAUUAAUUAUCUACAUAUAUUUUCUUUGAAGUAUCCAUUGCAAAUCAGCAUAUUACUAUUUUAUAUUUUAUCCUUAAUACAGUUUCUUUAAAAUUUGAGAAUAAAAAAUUUCUA